AUGGCUGACAAUUUAUACGAAAAUGCUUCCAGUUUGGACAAUGUUGUUGGGACGCAGUCUAGUCCUAGUGGAUCUGCUACGUCUAUUUAUCUUACCAAUUUGGUUGAACAACAGCGUGAGGAACUUCGCAUGGAACGUGAGGAAAAUGCGAGACUUCGAAAGCGCAAUGUUGAACUUGAGGGAAUUAUAAGAAGUGGGCAAGCUGUUCUCGGGACUGCUUUUGCUCCUAAAGAAAAGAAGGCGGAGACUCCUAAGAAGCUCGAUUCGCCAAAGAAGGUUGAUGGUGCUAAGAAAGUCGACGUUGCGAAGAAGGAUAACGCUCCAAAGAAGUAGAUGGGAUUAAAAUUUUCCGGAAGAAUUGGAAAUAUUUAAAUGUUAAAUUAAAAAAAUUGAUUUCCGAAUAAAUUUUGUUGUGAGAAGUUUGUUUGAAUUUUAGUCCAAACGUUUAUAUUUCGUUUAGUUUGUACCUUUUUCUUGUACUUGUUCGACUUUUUAACACCUUUGAUUGUGUUUGUCUCAACUAAAUUGUGAACACGAUGUUGCACCAAAA